AUGGUAGACGGGGACCCGAACUCUCCAACUUGGAAGUUCACACAGUGUUUUGGUGAUAAGGGAGACGUAGAAGAUAUUACCGAAGCCGAUAUCAUUUCCACCGUCGAAUUUGACCAUACGGGAAACUAUCUUGCGACCGGAGAUAAAGGAGGUCGAGUUGUGCUGUUUGAGAGGAACGAAACGAAAAAAACCUGCGAAUACAAGUUCCACACCGAAUUCCAAUCACACGAGCCCGAAUUCGACUACCUGAAAUCUCUCGAGAUCGAGGAGAAGAUCAACAAGAUCAAGUGGUGCAAAAGACAGAAUGCGUCACACUAUCUCUUGUCAACGAACGACAAGACAAUCAAAUUGUGGAAGGUCUUCGAGAAGUCGUUGAAGGUCGUGGCAGAGAAUAAUCUCUCACAAGAUCUGACGCCGGGAACUGCUGUCGGAGGAGGGGGUGGCAUGCGAGCUCGCUCGAAUGUUCACUACUCAAGCUCUCAUGACCUCAAACUACCCCGCCUUACACAUCACGAUACUGUGGUAGCAGCGGUCCCUCGACGAACUUACGCCAAUGCCCACGCCUACCACAUCAACAGCAUAUCCGUGAACAGCGACGGAGAGACUUUCAUCAGCAGUGACGAUUUACGGAUAAAUCUAUGGAACCUCAACAUCCAAGAUCAGAGCUUCAACAUUGUUGAUAUCAAGCCAGCAAACAUGGAGGAAUUAACAGAGGUGAUCACAGCAGCCGAGUUCCAUCCACAAAGCUGCAACUGGUUCAUGUAUGCAAGCUCCAAGGGCACCAUCAAGCUUGCGGAUAUGCGAGAGAGCGCCCUGUGUGAUCAACAUGCAAAGCAAUUCGAACAAGAGGAAGAUCCUUCCGCCCGUUCAUUCUUCUCGGAAAUCAUCUCGUCCAUCUCAGACGUUCGAUUCUCUCAUGACGGCCGUUAUAUCCUUUCACGUGAUUAUCUCACCGUCAAGAUCUGGGAUGUCAACAUGGAGAGACAACCGGUGAAGACCAUUCCGAUCCAUGAGCACCUCCGACCUAGACUCUGCGAUACCUACGAGAAUGAUAGCAUCUUCGACAAGUUUGAGGUGGUCUUUUCAGGGGAUGCCAAGAACGUGAUGACCGGAAGCUAUAACAACAACUUCAUGAUCUAUCCUUCUGAUCCGGACAAAGAGGUCGAGGUCGUCCUUCAGGCGGAUAAGUCAGCGUUCAAGGCAAAGAAGGUCGGUGUCCCAACACCGAUCAACUCGACUAGCCCGACUGCCACGAACGGAAAGAAGGGCGGCUCCAGAGCUGGUAGUCCCGCGGCUGUUGGCGCCGGUCAAGGCAGCAGGAUGAGGAAGGAGACCGAUGCCGAUCAAAUUGAUUUCAACAAGAAGAUUCUGCAUAUGAGCUGGCAUCCAUUCGAAGAUAGCAUCGCUAUUGCAGCGACCAAUAACCUUUUCGUCUUCUCGGCAUUGUAG